AUGCCAGGGGAAACACCGUCCAGGUGGGUUGGACUCCAGCCAGGAUGGGUUUCACAUCUUCCUCAAAGGUUCGCCAAACCACAGCCGCGCAUCAGCAAACAGCAAGCGGCCACAAGUCAUCAUUCCACAAACCGAAAAGGAUGGGUAGAUAAUAGACAUGUAAACAGCGCACUUGACAAAACGGGACCUGUUUACGGUAAACAAGGAGAGACGAGUGUUGUUCAAAUCUAUUUCGAGAAAAUCAAUUAA